AUCAGUAGAGUAGUUGAUUGGUGCCGUUGCUUCGGGGAAUAUCUUGGAUGGAGUUCCAAAUUAUUAACAAAAUCUUUAAUAUGCAACUUACACACUUCUGCUUAAUCUGGCUAUAACUUCAGGCCAAUUAGUGAAACACUUAUUCGAACUUAAUAUUCUAAGAUCGAAUUGGAACCAUACCUGGUCAGACUCUUCAGGCCGCUCUCUUGUCCUAACCAUCGAUAGCGUUAUGAUAUCUUACACUAACCUUAGCGUACCUCUUACUACCACACAGUACAUAUAAUACAUAACUUUCCUAAACACUAUGUGUGAGAUUAGAAUGGUCUUCAAAAUCUACAAGAUCUAUUUCCAAAUUAUUUACUGGAACUUAUAUUUACAAUGUUUUAAUGCGCGCCUUGGUCUUGUCUGUUUUACUUUUGCAAUUCAACUCUCUUGACUCGACUUCCUCGACUCUUUCCGAUUAACUUUCGACUUUUUCGAAUAACUUUGCUUUGCAAAUAUUCUUCUUACAUAUCCUUUUACAUGCGACUUUUCCAUUACCUAAAUUAAUCGUGACAUUUUUAAUUCGUUAAUCCGAAUUUAAAAAUGGUGAAGAUUUGUUUUUCAACAGUCGAAAGCCAAGUGUCUUUGCAAAUGCAAAAGCUUUCGAUGUGGGUUUCUCUCUAAGACUGAAAACUAAGGAAAAAAUUCGCCAAAUAUAUUUGACGGCUCCAAACACUUGCGACUCCACUUUUCCAACGUGUCGCUAAAGUGUUUACAAGCAACUAAUCCAUUGCUUCCCCUCUGGAACUCAAUGCCUUCACGGAUAUGCAAUGUUUUAAAUGCGCUUUAACUAUUGUCGCCUUAUUAUACUGUAGAUACAUUAAAUAAUAAAACACCGAAUGACGCAUUCUACCAGUUUGGCGUGAUCUGAAAAGAAUAAUCAGGUUGCAAAAAAGAAGAGAGCUUUCCCGCCAAUCUCUCAUUAAUUAAUUUCAAUCGGAGCAGCUGUAUACCAAACCAAAGCAGAGAACUGUACGGAGCUUGCAUGAACAAAUAAAUUGUCUCUUAACUUUUGAAGGCUGUUUUUGCCAUUACAAAAUAUACUUUGGUUUAGUCCGUAGCUUGUAAACCAAUUAUCAAACAUUACUCCCCUGAACUUUCAGGUUACCUUUGUGUCAAAUUUCGCGUCGAUCGGGUAUUUUUUGUUUAAGAUACCGGAUUCCCUAUGAUUAUGAGCGUGUGAGGGCCACCGUGCUAUGAUUUGUUAUAAAAUCGUGGGGUCCGACUAUGGUCAACUGAGUUUGCCAAUUUGUUCAAAAUUGUAAGUGUGAGCCUACAAACGUAAAAAUGAUGCAGCGAUUUUCGUAAAUGACGUUUAAAAAUCAGUUCAAUGCCUCUUUAGUUAAUUGAUUCUAAAAGAUUAAAAAAUGCGAAAUCCUUCCACAAGUAAGUUACUAACCGUAGCAAAUUUUCAACAUCAAUAAAUGGUUACUAAUUCUGAGAUCCGAGCUUUAUUCGAAUUACGGAACCCAUUACCACUUUUAGAUUAAAACAAUCUUUGGUUUAGGUUUUUGCCCGGCCGAAAGUCUGCAUCGAACCGACACCCCGAUUGCCGAAUGACAUGCGCACACUCAAGAGCAAUUUUCAUACAUUGGAUUAGCAAUGAAAGAUUCUUUAUAGUGUGAUCUCAAGUGAUAUUUGGUUGGAAAGCAGCACAAACCCGUUCUCAUCAGUAAAGUCGGCUUGAAUUUUGAGAGACUUUAUGGUGUGUCCUCUGCAUUGUUGCAGUUACUGCAUAGGUACGUAGUACUACCUAGUAUUGUUUUUUUCUUUGUCUAAAUAAAGACGGUUUUCGCAAGUUACAAAUAUUUAUUUAAUAUGUGCUUCCAGUCAUCUUAUUACAAAUGACAUAAUGAAAAUUCAAUAUGUAAACAGGUUGACCUUUAUUUUUAUGCCAUUUUAAUAAACAAAAAAAGGAAAAAGUAAAAAAACGAAUUCACGAUUUUGCAAAGAAUGAAAAAUAAUGAAAAACAAGAAAUCGACGUAAAUUGUAUUAUUAUUUUGAAAAAUUUAUGAAUACUAAAAAUAAAACGGCAUGAACUGCAAUAUUAAGUAAAUGUCAAGUUACGAAGACAAUAAUGAAAUUGAAUUAAAAAAAAAAAAGAAAAAAAAAAGAGAUAUGAAAAUAAGUUACUAGAAACAAAGCUUAAUGAAUUGACGAUAUUUGCUUAAAAUAUAAAAUGAAAUAAUUCUCGCUCAAGGUGCCUUGCCUUACAUGUGCAAAUACAUAAUUGGAGGCGGAGUAAUUAAAAGUGAAAAAAGAAAAGAUGAUAAUAAAAACAGCAUAAACUAAAUAAGCAGAUAGUUGCAAGGCCCAAAAACAUGACCACUCACAAUGAUUAACUGAAACCUAUCUAUAAAUGUCGAUCUUUUUAUGCGCAACAUUCUCUAUUCUAACUCGCUUAGGUACCGGCUUUUUGUACCGACUGCAGAUGAGCCGUUGGAAGUAGGCAAAGAGAAUAGCAAAAUGGAUUUACUGUAAUCUGUCAGUUGUACCGUUGUGCACGAUUAGAACUUCAACGUUUUGCGCAGCAGGGCCAACUUUGUAUAAAAAAUAUUAAACAAAUUUAUCCGGUUUACUUAAAACUUGUCUGAAGCUGAAAUAAAAAAAAAAAAACAAAACAGAAAAAUCAAAAAUAAAUAAAAAAGGAAAAAAUAAACAAAGGCAAGAAAACGAUUACAUUUGCAUAUAAUAAUGAAUUGGCCGACCGUUAGACUUCAAUGGCGAUGUUGUUGGUGGCAAUUCACCAGUCUUACCAUCUUUAUGCUUACUAUACUGAUGAGCUGCAUUAGCGGUGGUAGGAAAGGCAUUGCUAACGCACAAGAAUAUUAUAUACCAAAUAGUCAAAAUCGCUUUGUGCCAUCCUCAUCGUAUCCAAAUACAAGGCAAUUAUCCAACGGCUUUACACGUUCAACAAAUGGUGCUGGCUUUCCGGGCGCUCAGCCCGGCUCUUAUCAAGAUCAAAUACUUUUCAUCGGCAACGAGGCGAAAUCACCUGUACAAACUCUGGGCUCUUCGUCGGCUUAUAAUCCUUUUAAUACACAAUUUGCGAAUAAUCGCAAUAACGAUUUUUAUGAUAUAUCUCCGCGGCCUUUUGGCGCAACAAACCAACCGAAUGGUGGGAGCUCAUCAUUAAAUACCGGCUAUACGCGAAGUAAAUCGUUAAGGCCGGGAAACAGUUUAACACAAAGCAAUGGAUUUGUCCCGCAAAGAGCAAAUGUACCGCAUCAGCAAACACAAUUUUUAGCUCAAUUUAACGAGCCGACGGCGGAUAAAGGUACAUCUCCUAAUCGUAUACCUUUCACCAGUUUUGGUAGUUCGGGGUCGCGACCAUUCGGUACAGGUGGCUUUACACCGAGUAAUAAUCGUAAUAGACAAUUAGGCACAUCUUACAAUUCAGAUGUACCUUUAGGUCCUGUGACGCCCCAACAACUUCCUUUUCGUAAUACCCGUAACCGGUUUCAACCCAAUUCAGCCUCCAGUACGUCCUCGACCAGCACAACUUCAACAGAGUCUUCAACUAGUAAACGUUACAAUCGUUUUGGUUCGUCAAGAACUCAGCAAUUUGCCAACAAUGGUUUUCGCUCAUCCACACAAAGUAGUAUUCCAGAAAAUAAACCUAGUGCUAAUAGAUCGUCUGUUUAUAAAUCCAGAAGGCCCAUAUAUACCAGUCGCGAGGUAAAUGAACCUGUACAAUCCGCAAAAGUACGUAAGUUAUUUGGCGAAAAAAUGGGACGAGUUAAAUUGCCUUCAAAGGACAAAUUACUGAAACAACAAAUAUCAGCCUCGUCGUCACCUUUCAAAACGGCCAUUAGUCAACUACACGAAAAACAGGCCGAGCCUCUUAGCGUCGAAUAUGAUGAAGAGUUGCAUGAGGUCGGGGAGAAUCAUCUCGGUCGUGAUAAUAAUGAGACCAGCUUGGAAAAAUUGCAGUUACACGAAGCAGAAGUUAAAACUGCGAUAGAAAAGUCUUUAGAAGUAGCCAAAACAAUUAAUAAAGAAGAGCAGGAAGAUAUUUCAGGUCAAAAUUCUGCUUCGGAAAGUUCUGAAGCCGAGAGCGACAAGGAAGAUAAUGAGGAAAAAGAAGAAUCUGAGGAAUAUGAGCAAAGUCAAGAGGACACAGGCAAUGACAGUGAAACUUCACCUGCCAGAACAAACGAAAGCGUGGAAAAGCAUGUUGAAAGUACUUCAAUUGAAAGCAGCACAGAAAGGUCAACGGAAGACGAUAGCUAUGAUUCGACUGAAAAUUUAGGAAAGUCAAAUUUGAAAACUACUUUCGAACCAAUCGCUAUACCUAUAACAACUGAACAUUCUUCAGUAGGUGAUGCAGACAGUCUUCUAGUAACCACUACAAAACCUACUAGCGGUGUGAAAAAACAUAGUUUUGGUGAGAACAUUAAAGAAGGAAGUGCUGCAAAAGCUGACGACGAAGAGGACGAGGCUGACGAAGAUGAUGACGACGCAGACGAAGAUGAUGGAGAAGAAGGUGAAGAGGAAGGUGACGAAGAAUAUGAUGAAGAAGAAGACGAAGAAGAAAGUGGUGACGAUCAAGUUGAAGUAGAUGAUCACACCGUUCGAGAGGGUUCAGCCAGUUUGCCUAUCGAUCAAGAAAGCCCUGCGACUACUGCGAUGUGGACAGACGAUGAAAUUUUGGAUAGGGAAGUUGUAUCGGUUGUUACCACCAAAAGCGUUAUUAAUGGUUCUACAUCUGUUCCUUCCCCGGUUACUCCGAAGUCAAUUACAUCUGUCCUUCAAGAAGAAACUAUUGAGAACAAGUUGUUCGCUGCUACUGAGUCUUCGCUCGAAUUAAAAGAAACGUCCAUCACAGCAAAAACAUUAGGAGAUGCUAACGAAAAUCAUACUGUACAACCUUCAGUGUCAACUAGCCGUAGUGAAAAUGGAGCCAGAUUUAUGCCCUUCCCCGCUGGUCAGCCGGAAGGAUCUAAUAAAUAUGCGGAGAUAGAAAACGUUGAUGAGAUCGUCAAACCCGUGACCACCUCUGUCCCAGCAGAAUCAUCUACCAGCCCGCCAGCUUCGUCCUCUACUGAAAGCAUAAUCGAUAAACUGGACAGAGUACAAUCUGAGCUUUCUAGCGGCUUACUAGCAGGCAAAUAUCCCAUUAUAAGUCAAAUGGAUAUUUCGACCCAAGCUACAACGUCUACUUCAGGUUCAAAAUUCGUACCAAAUAUACGCAAAUUUCAACCAAAAACCACUUCGUCUCCUAAAGUCAAAAUUCAUCGAUUUGAAGAAACUGAAAUGGAUGAUUUGGCUGGAUUGUUGCCAGUAGGCUUCAAACCAAAGCCUUCAUAUAAAAAUCGGAAAAUCACUACAACCACCACAACAACAACGACAACAACCACAACCACCGUAAAACCAAAAUUGGGUAUUAAAGGAAUAGAGUUCAAGAAACCUAUACGCAACUCGACUAUAAGUCGUUCUUUCAAGACUUCCUCGGUGCAAGCACAAGACGUUGGUCUGAGUGGUUUAUUGUCCAAAUCUUACAAGCCAUCCGUCACAACAACAACAACUGCGGAAACUCCCAAAAAUGAAUUCGAUAAUCUCCUAAGUAAAAUUAAAUUUGAUGAAAAUCCUGAUAAGCUGUUACCCAAAGAUUAUAAAGUGCCCACUACUAACAAGCCAGCGGUUACUUUAGUCAAUGAUUUAUCUAAAUUUCUGCCACCUGGUUACCGAGUGAACGAUACGGUUGGAACCAGCACAACGAAACCUUUAUUAACUCCGUCUUCAGAGACAAUUAUUACGGCAAAGAAUAAUGAUGAUGGGAUUUUAACCAUUGAAAGUGAUGACUUAAGCAAAUAUCUUCCGCCCGGUUAUAAAUUGAGAACAACUAAGAAACCUUCUAAAUUGGAACCUGAAACUAUAGAUAUUUCUCAAUUGUUGCCAAAGGGAUAUAAACCGGACGGAGUUAAAGUUCAGAAAUCAGAUGACAUUUUUAUGAAAAUAGAAUUCAAGGACGCAGCUUCGUUAUUACCGGCCGGUUUCAAAUUAAAUACUACCGAAAGUUUGAAUAAACAGCAUCCAGCGUCUACGAGCACUACCACUUCAACGACCACAACUAUUAAGCCUGAUGGAGCUUCUCCAUCUUCUGCUAUCUCUUCAACCGUAUCUUCAUCGAUUACUACUGGUCUUAAAGUCGUGUUCCCAAAAGGUAUUCAUAAGCGAAUAGGAGCUCAACGGUUAACGACACCAAAAUCUAAUGAUUAUAUUGAUUUGGGUCCUACUGCACCCUCUGUGGUAAUAAAAAAAGGUCCACCGACUAGAGCUACCACGGAAUUUACAGGUUGGCCAACGCCCUCAACUACACCAAUUUCUAUCGAGAAGCUAUUGGAACAAGCUAGAACAGUUUCCAUAAACUUUGAGGAUCUUUUAUCGUCAACUUCUAGCACUUCAACAACGACGACUACGACCACUACUACGACAACGACUACACCGAAACCCACAAGACCCGGUCACUGCACGCUGGACUGUGAUUUGGCCGCAACAAUAAGAAUUAUAGAAGGUGUUGCAUGGAAGCCGGAAUUAUUGGAUCAUAAUACCCUUGAAUGGAAGAAUUUAGCUCGAGAAGUAGAAGCUCAGCUGAACGAAGUCUACUCGGGUGCUCCACAACUUAGUAAAUGGUACAAGAAAGUACGCAUUGAUAGUUUUAGUAAAGGUAGCGUUUUGGUUGAUUAUUACGUGGAAUUGGCUAACAUAACUAAAGAUGUUAACACCUUACAAAUCAAGAAACUUUUCCAUUCGGCGUUAACACCCCAACCUUUGGUACCGGAAAAUUCGGAAUCUGAGAAUGAAACGGAUGGCGAUGAUGAAAGUGAGGAAUACAAACAGGAUUUGAAAGAUGAGAAACUAGUCAAGGAAACGUUUUUAAUGGGUAAAUACGUUAUCGAUCCAGUAGCGACGGAUUUUACAGUUAUACCAAAGUCUCUGACUCCCGGCAUAGAAUAUGCCGAAGAAGAUCUAUUAAUACCGCAAUGGGCUAUAGUGAUUAUUGUGAUAGGAGUGGGUUCUUUAGUCUUUGUAGUAGCUUUCGGGGUAACAGUGCUACUUAAUCGUCAGAAACGCUCUAAAAAGACUCCUAUACCGUUGAGUAAUGACAUGUUAAACGAAUUGAAAAUCAAUCAUAUGGGUGGUGUAGACAAUUAUGGUGUUGAUGAUUUCUAUAAUAUCGAUGACGCCUGGAAUGAUACUAAGGAAUCUAUUAAACCCAAGCGUUUUACAAAUUCUGUGCACGAUAGUAGCGGUUCUAAUAUUUAUGAUAGUUGGCGCUCCAAUCGUCAUGGUGAUUAUUAUUUUGAUAAUCAAAAUUAUACACAGAAAGGUGAUUCCUUAGAACGAUCUCUUAAACAUCAUCCGCCUUCUUCUCACUAUUCGGGACAUCAGCACACACCAAUUUACGGUCAUCAGUAUCCUGACGCAUUUGCGGAUGCUCAUCAAAUGUAUACGUAUAAUAAUCAGGUGAAUAGUAGUAGAGCACGUUAUCCAAGAGAUUAUGAUCCAGAUUUUUAACUUUAACUCCCGAGUUAUAAACUCGCAUAGACUAAUUUAUUUAAACAAAUGAAUGUGAAGAAAAAAUCCCCAUAAGAUAUUUAACCCAAUCAUUUUUCUUACUUCUUAAUACUUUUUUUGUAACUUCUACUCUUCUUUAAACUCUCCGAAAUUCAAUAAAUAUCCAAAGUAUUCAAAGUAACUUUCAUAAAACACUUGCUUUACGAUGUAAUUAAAAUAUUGGCAAAUAUUCGGCUUUUUUUAUUUUAAUUUAUAUGUGAUUUUUGAAAAUAUUUAUUA